AAAUACUCCAUUCUACAAUCAUGGGAAACAAGAGUUCGACCUCCCCGUCCGACUCGCACUCCGUUGCACCUACGAAUGCCAGCUCGACCACAUUGACGGGUAACACGAACGAAUCUACGACUACACUGGUUCCGGAGACUCAGCCGCAGACUUCAGACAAGACCGCUACUACCGCCGCGACGCAAGGCUCGUCCACCGCAUCCACGCCUGCUAGAGCGGCUGGCCAGGCGAGAGAUUGGGAGGCCGCCUACGGCGCACUCGCCGGGAGUAUUGGCUUUGGGGGCACUACUCCGACGCUGCCGUCGAAGUUCAAGAAGGUCAAGAAAGAUAGCAGCCAGGGCAGUGGACAGGGCAGUGGACAGGGCAGCGGGCAGGGCAGCGGUGGAUCGAGCCCGUCGAGCGCGCCUCGUUCUUGAGCACCAUGACGCCGGUG